AAUUUUUUCUGGUCAAAUAAAUCAUCAUCAACAACAAGUAACAAUCAUUAUUCGAAUGGACAUCAAACAUCAACUACAACCAACAUCAACAACAUUGAUCAACAAUAAUAAUAAUAAAGAAUUACCAUUCCCUGUACCACGAAAACAUAGUAAAUUUUAUAUUUAUUAUUCAACAAUGGGUUAUAUAUUUCAAAUUGUUCGUGAUAUUGAUCCAAAAUUACGUUUCGUAAUCGAUACAUUUACAUUGAUUGGUUUUGUUUAUUCAACACGUUUUGUAUGGACAAUAUUAUCAUCAGUAUUUAAUGGAUUUCGUUUACAUAUUUGGUCACGUAUUUGGUUUCGUACAAAUUUCGUUGAAAAAUAUGGUAAAUGGGCAGUAAUAACCGGUGCAACUGAUGGUAUUGGUUUAGAAUAUGCAAGACAAUUUGCACAACGUGGUUUAAAUAUUAUCCUUCUUGGUCGUAAUUCGGAUAAAUUAACACGUGUACGAACACAAUUAUUGGAAAUGAAUCGUGAACGUAAUAUACAGGUAAUAAGUAUACAAGCUGAUUUAAAUUCAGAUGAUCGACAAAUGUAUCAACGUAUUUGGCGUGAAAUUGAUCCGGAAAAUCGUGAAAUUGGUAUUUUAGUUAAUAAUGCUGGUGUUAUGUUUGAUUCACCGAAUCGUUUUUUGGAUCAACCUGAAACUAAAUUAUGGGAACAUGUACGUGUUAAUAUGUUAGCUGUUUUAAUGAUAACACGUUUAGUAUUACCAUCAAUGGUAAAACGUAAACGUGGUUUAGUUAUUAAUAUUUCAUCGAUUGCUGGUUAUCAACCAUUACCAUUAAUGGGUGUUUAUUCUGCAUCAAAGGUAUUUGUUGAAUGGUUUUCACAAAGUUUAGAUAUUGAAUAUAGACAAUCAAAUAUCGAAAUACAAACAUUAAUACCGAAUUAUAUUGGUACAAAAAUGACCGGAUUUUCCACUCUAUUACAACGAAGAUCGCUAAUGUAUCCAGAUGCAGAAACAUUUACCGCAAAUGCUAUUGCAACAAUUGGUCGUAGUCGUUUAACAUCUGGUUAUUGGUUUCAUGAUUUAUCACAUUUUUUUACUAAAUUAUUCAUACCAAAUUGGGCAUAUCGUCAAAUAUCAUGGUAUUUUCUUAAACAAAUUGAUUCAUCAAAAGUUAAUAAAACAAAUUGAAUUUGUAAAACACACAGAAAGAAUAAAGAAUAAAAUGUUUCAGAAAAAACAAACACACAAAAACAAAACAAAACCGAUUGUAAUGUUUUACAAAAGAAUUAAUAUAGAAAUGUUUCGAACCG